AGAUGUUUCUUAAAUGUCAAGCAUGUGAGUUCAAUAAAAGUAAUAAAAGUUAACAAAAAAGAAGUUUAAUAUCAAACGAACGGGUGUUUGAUAAUGCUGAUAACCCUAACAGUUACGCGACACGUAAAAUAUAUUUUCGGUCGCCUCCCACUACAUAUUGUAAAACGGCAUAAAUUUGAAGAACGCUGGAAGAGAAUCAAAAUGUCGAACGCGACAUUACCGCCAUGCAGAAGCGAUCCAGUCAUAAUGAAACUGGACACACCGGAGUUCCACUCAAUUUUCACUCCAGAGUUAAAUACACUCAGUGAAUUAUUCAAAAAGUAUGAUCACGAGAUACGAGUAGCAGGAGGCGCUGUGCGUGAUAUUUUAAGAGGGAUGAGACCCACGGAUCUCGAUUUUGCGACAACAGCAACUCCAGAGCAAAUGAAGGAAAUGUUUACGAAAGAAAAUGUAAGAAUGGUGAAUUCCAACGGCGAAAGACACGGUACAAUAACCCCAAGAAUAAACGACAAAGAAAACUUUGAAGUCACAUCGCUCAGGGUUGAUGUAGUCACAGAUGGGCGACAUGCCGAAGUUCUUUUCACAAAAGACUGGAAGCUCGAUGCGAACAGAAGAGAUUUAACCAUUAAUUCAAUGUUCCUUGGAUUCGAUGGAAGUGUUUAUGAUUAUUUUUAUGGAUAUGAUGAUCUCAAGAAGAGAAAAGUCGCGUUCGUGGGAGAUGCUGCGACCAGAAUCCAGGAAGAUUAUCUCAGGAUUUUGAGGUACUUCAGGUUUUACGGGAGGAUAGCAGAAAAUCCACAUAAUCACGACGAGAGUACAAUACAAGCAAUUAAAGACACUGUCGAAGGUCUCGAGGUAAUCUCUGGCGAGAGAAUUUGGGCCGAAUGGGCAAAAAUCUUGACCGGAAAUUUUUACAGAGAGUUGAGCCUAAAAAUGUUAGAAUGUGGCUUGGCCAAAUAUGUGGGCCUUCCGGAUAAGCCCGACAUUGAAAAUUUCGAAAGAGUUUGCAAACGAGCAUUAGCUGAAAAUAUUUCCUUCAGGCCUAUCACUCUUAUAACAUCAUUGUUGAAGAAUCAAAACGAGGUGAUGGAUUUGCACGCGAGAUUAAAAUUCUCCGCGUUCGAAAGAGACUUGGCCACUUUUCUCGUCGAGCACAGGGACGACAUCACUUGCGAGAAGCCGUUGAAACCUUAUUAUCUUAUGGUUUUGAAUACCAAAGGGAAGGUCAAAGUCAUGACGGAGUAUAUAAUUGAAUUGUUAAAAUACAGAGGACAAUUUGAUCUGCUCAAGGAGUUUGAGAAUUGGACGCUGCCUCGAUUUCCAGUCGGUGGUUCGAUGCUUAGGUCCCAUGUUUCACAUCCUAAGCAAAUAGGAAAUUUACUAUCAGCCUUAAAAGAAAUUUGGGUAGAUAGUGAUUUUAAAUUGACUCAGGAUGAAUUAAUGAAAGAGGUACCGCGAAUUGUUUCUGAUAUAGAAGAUAGGAUAGUUGAAAAUAAAUAGUUUCCGAUUUA